AGAACGGGUGACGUAACCACUUCCACAACAACAAGAAGAAACAAGGAAGUGUCAAUCCGAAACCUGUAACAAGGCCGAGACAAGAUACGCAGAGCUCCGUACAAGCUGAUGUUCCUCAGCCUCCGAAUCAAUCCACAACAAUGAAUAACAAAGGUUCAUAUCCACAGCAGUCUGUGUACCCUCAGCAGAGUACUGCACCUGUAUACCCUCCUGCUAUGCAAAUGUCUCCUCAGGCACCUCCCUACACAGACACACCACCUGCAUAUUCUGAGAUAUACCAGCCCAGAUAUGUGCUUCCACCUCAGGUGCCUGGUCAGGUGCCGCAGAUGUCCUCUCCCUACCCUGGCCAUCAGGUGUACAUGCCCAUGCAGCCACACAUGCAAGUGGGUCCGGUGGGCCAGAAUGUCCCCAUGGCUUACUACCCCAUGGGAGCCGUUUACCCCCAUGGAUCAACCGUGAUGGUGGACGGUGGCUUUGACGCUGGCGCUCGCUUCACAGCCGGCAGCAGCGUCUCCAUCCCCCCCCCACCGCCUGGACACCCCCCUAAUGCGGCUCAGCUGGCCGCCAUGCAGGGCGCCAAUGUUGUCAUGACGCAGCGCAAGAAUAACUUCUUCCUGGGUGGAUCCAGUGGAGGGUAUACCAUCUGGUAACAGCAGCUACUCCCCUCCUGGUUCAUGCAUAAAACCCCAUCCCAGAUGAUUCCCCAGUUCCUUCUUUAUUCCAUACGCCUUCCUCUUCAGGCUGCUUGGCCAUGCCACAAUACUGAUAUCACCUAACGGAAUGUAAUAUUUUAGAGCCCUUGUUAAAGGUACAGUACUCCACUUCUGACCUACAGAUCAAAUGAUAAUUCUCACUGCCUGAGAGGGAAAAAAAGCUACAGAUUUUAAAUUUUAAGUCUCCAUAAUUCUUUGCUGGAUCGAAAGUCUUCGGUUGCUCCAGAUUGGACUUUAUUUCAGGCGUGUGUGUCUGCUCAGGAGAGCUAUUCUCCUUUGAUCAAAUGGUCACAAAUAACACUGAGAUAUUCAUGUAUUCCUGUACAACUUAGAUAAAAUGUUCAAAUAACAGACCUACAUUAUAUAGUUUAGCUGCUUUAUGGUGAAAGUAAAACGCAAAGAAGCAAAGUUACAAAGUCGCAAAGCGCAAACUAAAAGAAAUCUCCACUUGUCGUUUUUGAAAAUCUCUAGUGUAGUUUAAUUAAUAGGAGUGUAAUAGUUUUGUGUAAAUACCAGUAUGAUGAUCAGGGGAUGUUACCAUCUCUGCUAUAUAUUAAAAAAAAAAAAAGAACCAGCAUCCUGGAUGCAUUUAGUUAGACCUGUCUUGUCUUUUGCACAGUAUCAAAAAAAAAAAAA